AUGGAAGGUCAGUUUAGAUGGGGAGAUAACACCUCUGCAGAUUUGAAAUUGUGGUUGACAGGCCUAAAUGGCGAGAAAUACCAAAGAAAUCCAGUUUAUCUCCAUUCUCCGAUUCUCAAAAGAUCAGAGUUUUUUCAAGUCAUGAUGUCAGAGCGCUGGUCAUCCGGUAAACCAACCAAAAUAAGUGUAACCACUUCUCAUAACUUCGAUGACUAUUUAAAAUGCAUUCAAUUCAUGUAUGACGAGCCUGUGUAUUUCUCCAAUGUUGAGGAAUGCCUCACCCUUCUUUCAGUUGCUUCUGAAUUGUUGGUUGAUGUGUGCAUCAAAAAAUGCAUGCAAUAUUUGGAAGCUGUUCGUUGGAAUGCGGAGCAGGAAUUCCAAAUUCGAAAUGUGCUCUCUUCUCUGGGAUUGAAACCUUUACCAGAUUUAGCUGCAAGGUUUGAUAAGGAAGGCGUGGACCAUAGAAUUUUGGAGCAUAGGAUGAUCAAUCUCCUGUUUUCUUUUAUUAAAGACGGGCAGGCAACUGAAACAAACGUGGAAAACGCACAGAAAUAUAUAAUGGGCAUAUUCGAAGGAAAUACAUCUAAAGAUAUUAAAGUAUGUGGGGGUGUGCUUUUGCGAGAGUUCAAAUCAGCCAUUGGCUCUUUUAAAUUCCCAACAAUAAGCUUGCUCUUCAAAUUUAUCGAGCAUUGUGACGGAGAGAUACUCAAAGCUGCAUACCUAGCUUUUUGUGAAGAUAUACAAUGUACUAAGCGUGUUAGGGAAUGGAAUGAGGUAGUGAAGACAUCCCCUUCUGUAUUCAAUAACCAUGUGGUGAAGAUACCCAAAUAUAAGUACAAUCACCUAGAAGAAAAUGUUGAAGUUGUGAUCUACACUAUAAUCUGGUUUAUGAAGGCUACAGGAGACGGAAAGAUUAUAAUUUCAAGAGCUUCUCGAAUUUCUUUUCUCAAAACUUGGCUACAGAUCGUGAAAGAAUUCUGUUAUGGGAAACUUGAUGAGCUACCGUUCAAAUCAUCGACCGUUUUUUCUAAUGCAUUAUUUCUAAGGUCGGUCUUUAAAUUUAUUGAGCAAUGUGACGAAGCGGUACUGAAAGCUGCAUUCAUUGAGUUUUGUGAAGAUCCAAAAUUUACGGAGCAUAUGAAGGCAUUCAUUGUUUUUUGCGAAGGUGCAGAAUUUAGGGAGAAGAGGUCCAUGUGCCAAGAAUUUCGGGAAGAUGUGUCCUUCACUAUAACCUGGUUUAUGCAGGCCAUAGGAGAUGGAAAGAUAAUAAUUUCAAGAGAUUCUCGAAUUUCUUUUCUCACAACAUGGCUACCAAUCAUGGCAGAAUUGUGCUGCGAAAGACCAAGAAAACUUGGACAACUUGAAAGACAACUUGGGGAGCUUGAUAAAGCAGCUGUUAACGUUGUUGAGAGCCUCCCUCUAAUUGACAGGAGACGUAUUUGCAUGCUAUGGACCAAGGUUUACAAGAAGUAUGACAUCGACAUCGCUACGCCAUUAACUUUGUUUAAAUGUUCCCAUCGUAAUGUUAAAAAAUGA